AUCAAUGUUUAACUCUAAUAAACACUAACAGAGCAGCAGAAUGGACACAUGUCGGCCGAUUCUCCAUUCAUGAUGACAGAUCUGCUCGUCUCUUACGUGUGUUUAUCAGACAACUGAAUGUGAAUGAUUCUGGAGAAUAUAAGAUUGUAGUCAAAGUUUCUGAAGACUACAGUUUCUUCUCUGAGUUUCACCUGGACGUUAAGAAAGCUGAUUGUUGUGAGAAGAGCAUCAGUCUAUUAGCUGCUGCAGGAGGAUCUGUGAACAUCAGCUGCAAAUACCCACAAUCCCACAGUGCUGAUGUGAAGUUUGUCUGCAGGAGAUCUGAAUCUGAUCUCUGCGCUGAAGAGACGUCUGAGGGACAUAUCCAGCUGUAUGAUGACAGAGAGCAGCAGCUCCUGACGGGAACCAUCAGUCAUGUGACUCAACAACAUUCAGCUGAAUACUGGUGUGGAGUUCAGUCUGAUCAAGGACACAAGAGCUUCAUCACACGAGUCCUCCUCAGAGUUACUGGAGAAUCUCCACUGAUCUCAUUUGCGUCUCCUGUAACAGGCUCUUCUCUGAUCAUCAGUGUGUCUGUGCUUCUGCUUCUGAUCUUCAGUGUGAUUCUGUUGGUGAUCGUCUCUCUCUGGAGGAGGCGUCAGUCUCACA